AUGGCGACAACCUCGAAAUUCGCCGGUCUUCCAGUCAUCCCGCCAUCAGAUCCAAGUCUCAAUGCCGCAAACCCCAAACCACGAGGCAUCCAAAAAGUCUUCGAAGCAAUCCAACAAGCCGAAGGCGCAGGGGCCGCAGUCCGUCGCUCUAUUGGCACACCACGCCUACGCAACUUCACUCCCUUCCUGAUGCUCGAUCACUUCUCAGUAGGUGCUGGCGCAGGCUUCCCCGACCAUCCCCACCGUGGCCAAGAAACAAUCACAUAUCUCCUCUCCGGAGCAGUCGACCACGAAGACUUCGCAGGCAACAGAGGCACAAUCUGGCCCGGAGACCUACAAUUCAUGACUGCAGGACGAGGCAUCGUGCACGCCGAAAUGCCACGUGAUACCGGCGAGGGCGAAACCAAUGGCUUUCAGGUGUGGGUCGACCUCCCCAAAGAUCUGAAAUCCUGUGAACCUCGAUACCGUGAUCUUCGAUCGAGUGAGAUCCCCAUAGCGAAGACGGAAGAUGGGAAGGUUUCUGUGAAGGUCAUUUCGGGAAGAUCGCUAGGUGUGGAUUCCGUCCAGGAAUUGGCGUAUACACCUGUCUGGUUACUGGAUGUAACGAUACAACCUGGUGGGAAAUUUGUUCAGAAUUUACCUGCCGGGUGGAAUUCUUUUGCUUAUACGCUUGAGGGGACGACGUACUGGGAUACGGGGGCAAUGAAGCAGAAGGUGGAGAAGUUUCAUACUACUAUUUUUGAGCAGAAGGGGGAUCAGGUUAUUGCUGAGGUUCCGGAGGGUGCGACGGAGGGUGCGAGGGUUAUUCUUCUCGCGGGAAUGCCGCUUGAUCAGCCGAUUGUGCAGUAUGGACCUUUUGUUUUGACGGAUGCGAGUCAGGUUAGACAGGCUUUGAUGGAUUAUAACACUUUCUCGAAUGGAUUUGAGAGGGCGAAUAAUUGGGAGAGUGAGAUUGGAAAGGCCAAGGCGCAUUAA